UUGUUUUUGUUUUUUUCUCUCUCUAUCUUAGUUGUUUUUGUUGUAUAUAUACAUAAAGAAGAAGGUAUUUACGACAGAGAUCCAGAACCCAUCUAGGAGAAUUUAGAUACUGAAAGGGAUUUUCAUGAAAAUGAUUUCGGAGGCAGGUUCUUGUUUUCCUAAUUUAGCACAUGGUGGUUUGCAGAUAUAUCCUGGAAGCGAAAGUGUGGUUUCGACCAGUAAUCUUGAAGCAAAUUCAAGCUCAGAAACUCACUCGAGUUCUCUCCUUUAUAGUCUCUCCCUUCUCAAAGACAAGGUUCAUCAGGUGCAGUGUUUGGUUAGCAUCCUCAUCUCACCAGAUGAUCAUCAUCAUCAAGCCCAGCAGCCCGAGUCAACUUCUCUAGCCAUAGCCAGAAUGGCCACCAUGAUUCAAGAAAUCAUUGUUACUGCUUCAUCAAUGGUUUUCACUUGCCAGCAGAUGGCUAUCGGCUCAAAUUCAGCAGCAGCCAACAAUAAUAACACCGAUGAAUUGCACCAUGAGGCUCAAGCUAAUAAGGUUCAAGCAAAUGGGUUACUACAACCAAACUUUGGUGGAAAUAACAUAGCCCAAGAGAGAGGACAAAGCAGCUUCUUCCCUAGCGAAAGCUUCGAGUUCUGGUACGGUGACAACUACAACAAUCGAGGUAUGCUUGCUCUUGAUAGCAACCAAAAGGUGGAAGGAAAAGAAUUUUCUCAAGGGGGGAGCGAGAAAUCUGCAGAAGGGAAAUCAUUAUUAGUCAAGAAUUAUGAUAUAAUCGAAUUGGAUGCAGCUGAUUUACUUGCAAAGUACACUCAUUAUUGUCAAGUUUGUGGGAAAGGGUUCAAGCGUGACGCGAAUUUGAGGAUGCAUAUGAGAGCUCAUGGAGAUGAAUAUAAGACUACAGCUGCUUUGAGCAAUCCAAUGAAGAACAAUAGUUCAAGAGAAAUAAUGGGAGAUAAUGAUAAUGAGUCAUGGUCGACGAAAUUGCCUAGGAAAUAUUCAUGUCCACACGAAGGGUGUAGGUGGAAUCAGAAACAUGCAAAGUUUCAGCCACUGAAAUCAAUGAUUUGUGCGAAGAAUCAUUACAAGAGAAGCCAUUGUCCUAAGAUGUAUGUUUGCAAGAGGUGCAAUAGGAAGCAAUUCUCGGUAUUGUCUGAUCUCAGGACUCAUGAGAAGCACUGUGGAGAUCUCAAGUGGCAGUGUUCUUGCGGUACCACAUUUUCUAGGAAAGAUAAGCUUAUGGGUCAUGUUGCUUUGUUCGUUGGACACACCCCAGCAAUAACUUCCUUCCCGAAGCCACCAGCAAAAGUGGAGAACCAAGUGCAACUAGACGAUAGGGGUUGAAGCAACUUAUGUACCAUGGAGUCUGCCCAGGUAAUCUCACUGAUCACAAUGGCUCUUCCAGAAAAAGUGAUACGCUGUUAAAUGAGGUUUAAUUUUAGAAUAAUCAUUUCCAUAGUGAUUGUUUGAAGAAAGGUCUUUGUAGAUGAUAUCCCAUGAGUAAUGUAGUUAAUAUCAUGCUUUUUGGAAAAUUCACAUACUUCAUGUACUAUAUAUAUCAGUUCUAACAUUUUUCAUA